AUGACUUACAUCGCAAAUUCUUUGAAUCUACAUGACAUAUUCAACUUAAGUCUCGUUUGCCAGCAAUUCAGGUAUCUCGUGGACAAUGAUGAUAUUUGCCGGGCCGCUUUGGAGACUCAUGCGCCGUAUUCAGCUGAUUUCCUAGCUGCCCGCUCCUCUAAGCAUUAUGCUCGCUGCUUGCGGCGACUGGUCAAGCUUCGGGACGCUAUCGCCACUGCCAAGCCAUACACCACAGCUCUAGUAGCUCAUGCAGUUGACUUCAUCUACUGUAACGGCACGCUUUGUUAUACGGAAAGUUACGAGGUUUUGCGCCUCCUCAAUUUGCAUGCCUCAUCGGACUCGGAAGACAUCAUCGAUACUCGAAUUCUGCUCCAAUCUGUUCCAGGGGCGAAUCUCGCCAACAGCAAGUACAAAUUCCGUCCAAUACACUUCGCCCAUGGAGUAUUGUCUUGUCUUUACAGCCCACCCAAAACUGAAGGUUACAGUCGCCUCGUCGUCAUCAACUUGGAGAAGAGGACGCUUCUGACAGCCCAACGUCUCGAGUCAACCUCCAAGCUAUUUGUACGCAAUAACCAAAACUACCUCUACUAUGGCACUCACUCGGUGACUGGGGAUGAUGGAUUCAAACGAUGGGUCCUACGGCGAUUUGAUCUACGGACCAAGCAGUGGAUACCUGGUCACUUGGAUCUCGAAGACCUAGCUGGUUCAGACAUCGGAACUACCGUCUCUCACCAGACCCCUAGGCCUAACGAGAUCUCAUCGUGGCCACCAGAGGUCGACGUGAGCCAACGAAAUGUGCAUCUUGACGCAUUGGACAACAUACUCUAUCCCAAAGGCCAAAUUACAUUCGGUAACAUCUCGGGGGUAAUGGAUGAGCGCUCCUUGGUAUACGCCAUUGGGCAAAGGGGAUCUCAAACCAGACGGCCUUUGGUCUUCAUCUGUUUUGACCCUUCCAUUAAGCUCACCGGACUCGCUCGGUGGCCUGGCGGCCCAACAAGACCACCUUGCAACCACAAAGCGACAGAAGGCGACAAUGCGAGAGAUCCGGGGCCCUAUCCUACGCCGCAGUCCCUGCCGGUGUCUGCUCCUGGUUCGAGAAACUCUUCCUUUAGUGAAGGGUUCAUUCCUGACCCGUCACAAACAUCUGCCAACGUGCAGGAGGGCAUCGGCAGACCAGACGCGCCAUCCUGGAUAAGAAGAGCCUCGGCCGCAUAUUUACAACCCACAUCUGCUCUUGAAAAUCCUGUUGGUUUCAACUUUGCGUUUUGCAAGGAUCACUCGGUCCCGUGCCGGUGUUGCUGA